AAUAAAUAAAAAAAGAACCUUUACAAAUAUAUUUUCACAGUCUUUAAUCUUGAAUAUCAUAUGAUAAUAUUGGUUGUGGCAGUAUUCGUCCGUCGUCAUUUCACGUUCUAGAAUGACUAAGCAAAUUGAUCGAGAAACCACAGAAGGCUGGGAAAAACGUAUUAUUUCUUUUAUUAUUCACGUUGGAACGUGAAAAUUUAAACGUUUUAAAUGGCUAUGGAUGGAAAACGAUCUAUUAAGAUGGUACGUCGGCAACUAUCACACGAUCCCCUUUCACCAGGUCCAUGUUUGGACAUUAGUGACGAUGAACUUGUUACAAUAUCUGUCAGAGAUUUGAACAGACAGUUGAAACUGCGUGGAUUGUCUAGAGAAGAGAUAGUACGAAUGAAGCAGAGGAGAAGAACUUUAAAAAACAGAGGUUACGCAGCCAGUUGCCGUAUUAAACGCAUAGAGCAAAAAGAUGAGCUAGAAUCAGAAAAAACUCAGGAGUAUCGUGACAUGGAAGCAAUGCAAGAUGACAAUAAUCGCAUGAGAGAGGAAAUAGAAUCUUGGCAUUCCAAAUAUCAGGCACUUAAAAAGUUUGCUGCAGAAAAGAAAAUUCCUAUUCCAUCUGAUUUAGAAAUGAUAUAAAUCUUAAACGGACAAUUUUAGUUUAGCAUGCAUUUUGAAAUAUUUAUGCAGGUGUAUAGUAAAGACAAUUAUUUAUCAAAUUAAUUUUUUAUCCAAUUUUUUCAAGUAUUACACAAAUAAUUAUUAGUAUUUAUAUUAUUUAUAUGUUACAUUAUCUAUAUCUCUGAUGUAUGUACUUUUUUUAGUACAUAAUGUAUAUUAACAAUUCUAUAACACUUUUAUUAACUUUGAAUAUAAAAUUGUUAGAGUAAAAGUUAAAAAAUUAUUAUAAUUCUUAACGCACAAAUAUAUUUAUUUAAAUAA